GGGGGAACUAAUAAAGUACUGAUAUGUGAGCUAAAAGAGGGAACUGGUGGUUAGAGGCAGAGGGUGGUAAGGAGACACGCAGCACUUGAAAGGAAUAGGAAGGAGCGGAAAUUAAUUCAUUUUCACGCUUUUUUUUAUCUGCCCCCACGCGGGAUUACAGUCCUGCGAGAGGGUCGUUAGUAAACUCACCCUCACUCCAACACCUCCGCAGCACAUUCUCCUGCACGGCGCCGCGCGGCUCAGACUCGUCCUGCCUGUGAAGCGCACCACUCGGCACAAACACCCAGGCACCGAGUCGGCUGACGGGCACCUCUUGAAGACCUCUUGUUGCGUUAAAACAGGCGAGGACCAUGGAGUACGCCGCCGCCAACAGCUCAGACCUCCGGGGCCAGCUCCCUUUCGUCGGCCAGAACAGCAGCUUCUGUCGGAACUUCACCGACAACAGCAGCAGCUCCUCGGAGACGCGAUGCGGCAGCGACGGCGGACUGGCCACCAGCAACCUGGACGAGGACGCCAACCCGGUCAUCAUCGCGAUCAUCAUCACCGCGCUUUACUCCAUAGUUUGCAUGGUGGGACUGGUGGGGAACGUGCUGGUUAUGUACAUCAUUGUAAGGUACACUAAAAUGAAGACGGCCACCAACAUCUACAUCUUCAACCUGGCUCUGGCGGACACCUUGGUCACCAGCACGCUUCCCUUCCAGAGCGUCAACUACUUAAUGGGCACCUGGCCUUUCGGGGACAUCGUGUGUAAAAUGGUGAUGUCCAUCGACUACUACAACAUGUUCACCUCCAUCUUCACGCUCACCACCAUGAGCAUUGACCGCUACAUCGCUGUGUGCCACCCUGUCAAAGCGCUGGACUUCAGGACGCCACGAAACGCUAAGAUAGUCAACGUCUGCAACUGGAUUCUGUCCUCGGCCAUCGGGCUGCCUGUGAUGUUCAUGGCCUCCUCCGCCGUCACCCACGGCGACAUUAUUGACUGCAAGCUGAUUUUCCCUCACCCCUCCUGGUACUGGGACACCCUGAUGAAGAUCUGCGUCUUCAUCUUUGCCUUCAUCAUGCCCGUCCUCAUCAUCACCGUCUGCUAUGGACUCAUGAUCCUGCGACUCAAGAGUGUGCGAAUGCUGUCGGGCUCCCAGGAAAAGGACAGGAAUCUUCGGAGGAUCACCCGCAUGGUGCUGGUGGUGGUCGCCGUCUUCAUCAUCUGCUGGACCCCCAUCCACGUCUUUGUGAUCAUCACAGCUCUGAUCAACAUUCCCAGCUCCACCCUGCAGACCAUCACCUGGCACUUCUGCAUCGCCCUGGGCUACACCAACAGCAGUCUGAACCCGGUUCUUUACGGCUACCUGGAUGAGAACUUUAAGCGCUGCUUCCGUGAGUUCUGCACCCCGAGUCCUUCAGUGCUGGAGAUCCAGAACUCAUCCAGAACCGGAGCCACCAGCCGUAAGAUCCCAAAGCGCGAACACAACAGCGGAAACACGAGCGAGAGGUCCAAUCAACAGGUAUGACUAGCCCUGGAGGGGUCGUCGGUGGACUCUCGCUGUUGUGGAGGAGCUGCCAACGACGACUUCACCUCUGAAGUCACGCAGGUCACCACAGGGCUUUGAUUAGCGCACGGAAACCAAACACGCAAGCCUCACAUCCAGAACGUGGCUGACAGUGAAGGGCACAGACCACCUUUUCCUGCUCCGAGCGCUCUCCUGUAGUUCUGCUUAGGAGUAGACCUGCACAUCCUUGCUUAGUGAAUUUAAGCAAAUUAUUUUUUUUAAAGGACAAGACAGAUGAAAAAAAACAAGAAUUGAAUUAAAGUAACUCAUCCCUGUAAUUUCAGAAAGAUUAUAUGCUAUAUAUAGACAGAAAUAUUUCCCGGUAACAAGACAAAUGGAUUGAUUGAUCUAUAAAACCACUUUUACAACCCGCUAAUAUGGUUCUUUCUGCCUUAUUAAUCUUAGCAUCCGGUCAUAGCCCUCAGCUUAUCGCUCGUGCUUUAUGGUGAACUAACAAAUCCAUUAUUUGCCUUCAUGCCACUUUUCCACCAGAUGCCCUUUUAAGGAUGGAUUCUGCUAAAGUACGUUGUAAAGAGCGGGUUCGUGUUUGUUGCUGCUGAAAGGCUCUGCGGCUUUUCUGCCUCCAUAAAGACUUUUGCCAAAUGGGAGGCGAGAUGCCAAGUUGUCUCCCCCCGCUUUGCUUUUCAACCUGGCUUUGUACGGCUGCAGCAGGGGUUCACCUGAACAGUUAACACGAAUCACUGAUCUGCUCAGCGCCGCUCCGGCUUUAGCCACUUCAGGGUCACGCCGUCUGUUGCUGUGCAGCCGUGCAGCUCAGCUCGCUCGCCCCUUCCGCGUUUCCCCGCUGAAGAUUUCUCUAUAGCUGGUGAUUAAAACCUGGACCUGAGGCAUUGUGCGCUCUCUGUUUUCACAAAACCGGAGAAUGGUCUGAAUGUACAUAAAGGGAACCAUUUGUGUGUUUGUCCCAGUGAAUCGUCGUGCCAAAACCCGUUCACCAAACCAGCAGAGAGGACGCGGCUGCCUGUUUGUGCAGCGUGCAAAGCGUGCCAUGUUAGUGCAAAUACCUGGCUCUGCUGGUGUAUGAUUAACCACGGUUUAACAGCCGUUACAGCUGGUAUGGCUUUUAAAUGGGAGUCGUUUCUCCUCCUGGGAAGGUAAAGAUGGGCCAAGGAGGAGUGUACAGUACCAUGUGUUGUAUCUUUAUGUAAGCUUGCGCUGACUGUGUUGUGUAACUUCAGGCAAAAAGGCGCUGUUCGUUUUGUUGUGCUUGAUAUUCUCUGAACCAUAUUUUUGUAAGGCCCUGUAAAGAACAUAUUUCUAUUUAUGGUGUAAAGCAGUGUAAGUAUGCUGCUGCCUGUUUAUUUGUUGUAAAUGCAAAAUCACAAAAACUGUUGUAUCUAAAUGGAGAUCCUUUUUUUUUUUGAUCGUUGACUGCAAAAGGGUUUAAAAUCAAUGCUAACCAUUAAAUCGUGACAAAUGUUCUGCUUUGAGUAAGGCUGAUGUCACAUUGUGCGGAUAAAUGGUCCACUCUUACAUGCGCGGCUUUCAACCACCUGUAAAUUGCGUUUGUAAUUGCUUGUAAGCUGCCACACGCUGUAUGUCCCAUGAAUGCCACGUUUGGAGCUCUUAGGGGUCCAACGCUCAACGAGGCAAAGGAGCUGCACACGGCGGCGACGUUUCCAUGCAUCUAGCGGAGCUCUGAAGUUGACUGUAAUUGCCUCAUUUCAUCUCUUCCCCAGGAAAUCUCAUACAGCGCCUUAAACAAGAAAACGAGUGGAGGCUUCCCGAAGAACUUCAGUCCAGUCACUGCACUGGUUCUCAGAUACAAACGUUCAUUACAUUGGAUGAUAUGUGCAAACAAAAUCUUACCCUGAAUUGUCAUUAUUCCUGUGGAUCCAGUUAUACUAGAUUGAUACGGGUGCCAUCCUCAGUUAUGUGCCCUACCAACUUGAAUUAAUACACACAGUAUUUGUUUAGAAGGUAAAUGAACGG